AUGGCUUUCUCCAGCAGAGACCAUGCAGCCUUUCCCCAAGACAGCAGCCUGGAGAAGAAGGAAGGAGGGAUUUGUGGGAACCUGGCUGCCAGGUUUCAGGAAUCUGUGACAUUCAAGGAUGUGGCUGUGGAGUUCACCUUGGAGGAGUGGAGACACCUGGAUCCUGCCCAGAGGGCCCUGUACAGGAAUGUGAUGUGGGAGAACUAUGAGAACCUGGUCUCCAUAGGGAUUCCUGUUUCCAAGCCAGAUUUGCUCCUCCUGUUGAAGAGAGAAGAUGUAUUGAAUCUAGAGGGAGAAGUUUGUACAGGCACUUGUCCAGAUUCCAUUAUUAAAAAGACCAGGAUUGAAACCAAGGAUUCAAAUCUGAAGCAAGUCAUCUGUUUGGAAGCCGUAUCUCAUCAAAAUCUGGGGGAAAACAUGAUAACUCACACUAGAGAGAAACCAUUUCAAUGUAAUGAAUGUAAAAAAUUCUUUAGCUGGAAGGGACUUCUUAUUUACCAUCAGAGAACUCACACUGGUGAGAAACCAUUUGCAUGUAAGGAAUGUGGGAAAGCCUUUAGCAGGAAAGAAAAUUUUGUUAUCCAUCAAAGAACUCAUACUGGAGAAAAACCAUUUGAAUGUAAUGAAUGUGGGAAAACUUUCACUAUAAAGCAAAGCCUUAUAAAACAUCAGAGAAUGCUCACUGGGGAGAAGCCAUUUGAAUGUAAUGAAUGUGGGAAAGCCUUUAGCCAGAAGAAAAGUCGUCUUAUACAUCAGAGAACUCAUCCUGGAAAGAAACUAUUUGAAUGUAAUGAGUGUGGCAAAACUUUUAAUUAUAAGAGAAGACUUAAUAUCCAUCAGAGAAUUCAUACUGGAGAAAAACCAUUUGAAUGUAAUCAGUGUAGAAAAGCCUUUAGCCAGCAGGAAAAUCUUACUGCCCAUCAGAGAACUCAUACUGGAGAGAAACCAUUUCUCUGCAAUGAAUGUGGUAAAGUCUUUAGCCAGAAGGGAAAUCUUGUUUAUCAUCAGAGAAUUCAUACUGGAGAGAAACCAUUUAAUUGUAAGGAAUGUGGGAGCUUUAGCCAUAACGCAAAUCUUAUUACCCACCAGAGAACUCACACUAGAGAGAAACCAUUUGAAUGUAAUGAAUGUGGGAAAGCCUUCAGCCAGAAGGAAAAUCUUAUUAUUCAUCAGAGAAUCCAUACUGGAGAGAAACCAUUUGAAUGUAAUGAAUGUGGGAAAACUUUCAGUAUAAGGCAAAACCUUAUCAGACAUCAGAGACCUCACACUAGAGAGAAACAGUUUAAAUGUAAUUGA